UGGUGUUUGUUUGUUUUGUAGAGACAGGGUCUUGCUCUGCCACCCAGGCUGGAGUGCAGUUGAAGCAGGAUAUUUCUCUGACCCCUUCGCGAGUCUUGCGGCUGCUGUGCCUCCACUUACUCAGCCCGCAGCUCCCAACUCCUCGCGGGAGGGGGCGCGCGAGUGAAUGAGGCGGGAUCUUGAGUGCCAGAAGCCACGAACUCCACUCACCCAGGCCUGCUGCGUUCCACCCUUUAUGGGAGGGUGCGUGGGGGUGAGCAGAUGCUGGAGCCGGAGCGAGCGCUUUUGGUCGCCGGCACUAGCGAACUCCAUGCAGGCUCUGCGGCUGUGUCUGGGGGAUGCCCGCGACCCCUGAAGAUCCACAACCUGUCUUACAACCUGUCAUGGUUGUGAAAAGUUUUCAGAGAAUGUCUGCACAGUGUCUAACGGUGUCUGGUACAUAGUGUGCACUCAAAUGAACAGAAGCUGUUCAUACUUGGUGCACUGUGGACUCUUGUGAUAAUUAACCAAGAGUAGCUCUAUUUGUCCAACCUCACGCCUAAAGAAGAAAGAAAAUGGCUUGUGCUGAGUUUUCUUUUCAUGUACCAAGUCUUGAAGAGCUUGCUGGAGUUAUGCAGAAGGGGUUAAAAGAUAACUUUGCUGAUGUCCAGGUCUCUGUAGUUGAUUGCCCUGAUUUGACUAAGGAACCCUUUACCUUUCCUGUAAAAGGCAUCUGUGGGAAAACUAGAAUUGCAGAAGUAGGAGGUGUGCCUUACUUAUUGCCUCUUGUAAACCAAAAAAAAGUUUAUGAUCUGAAUAAAAUUGCAAAAGAAAUCAAGCUGCCUGGAGCUUUUAUUCUUGGAGCAGGAGCAGGUCCAUUUCAGACUCUCGGGUUCAAUUCUGAGUUUAUGCCAGUUAUUCAGACAGAAAGUGAACACAAGCCUCCUGUGAAUGGAAGUUACUUUGCCCAUGUGAACCCUGCAGAUGGAGGGUGCCUACUGGAGAAAUACAGUGAGAAACGUCAUGAUUUUGAGUGUGCAUUACUGGCUAAUCUUUUUGCCAGUGAGGGCCAACCUGGCAAGGUAAUUGAGGUGAAAGCCAAAAGAAGAACUGGACCACUUAACUUUGUGACUUGUAUGAGACAGACCCUGGAAAAACAUUAUGGAAAUAAGCCCAUAGGAAUGGGAGGUACUUUCAUAAUUCAGAAGGGAAAAGUGAAGUCUCACAUUAUGCCUGCAGAAUUUUCUUCCUGCCCCUUGAACUCUGAUGAAGAAGUGAAUAAAUGGUUGCAUUUUUAUGAGAUGAAAGCUCCUUUGGUUUGUCUACCAGUUUUUGUCUCCAGAGACCCAGGGUUUGAUUUGCGACUGGAGCACACUCAUUUUUUUAGUCAUCAUGGAGAAGGUGGACACUACCAUUAUGACACUACUCCAGAUAUAGUGGAAUAUCUUGGAUACUUCUUACCUGCAGAGUUUCUCUAUCGCAUUGAUCAACCAAAAGAGACUCAUUCAAUUGGGCGAGAUUAAAUCAGCUGAUACUUAUUUAGAAAAA